UCAGACCCUAUUGUAAUGUCUUGCGAUUUGGAUUAAGACGGUCGAUAGAACAGCAACACAAAUGGCCAAAAGGUCAGCUGACGAGCAGAUCACGAGAGAAGGCCUUGGCCUUUCGCAUAAUUCUAAUGAAGAUGUUUGCGAUGAACGGGCUUCUGCUGAUAUCAUAUCAAAAAGAAAAAUCCUUCAACCGAAGGGUCGGAACUUUCAAUUUUCGAGACGGACAACCGAGUCAUCGACAAAAAACACGAAUUCUACAACUCCACACACUGAGAAAGCCGAGAAGCUCAAGGCUUUAGGGAAUAAUUUUUCCAAAGCGGUGCUAAGUGUUAAACUGGAUCAAUGUGUGCCUGAUUAUAGAGCUCUUGCGAAGAAGUACCUCAUGUAUUAUGAAGAGAUCGAAAUAGACGCCCAAAGUACAGGCAAAGUAAACGCAUCAAAAGACAUUUCUGGCUCGAAAGAUGAAGUUGCAGAGAUGAGGAAAGGUAACGAUGUCGUCAACCCUUUUGCGGGAGUGUCGACAUCUAAUAAAAAGUCUUCUGACGUUAAAGAGAUAUCGGAGUUAGGCAAUAUAUCUGAUGAAUCCGAACUGCAGAGCGAUGGUGAAAAGAUUGACGUGAAAAUUCAUGGGCCGAAGUUUAGUUUAUCUGCAAUUCCUACCACCAAGAGCACAACAUUCUCUUUUGGGCCCAAAAAAUCUACGAAAAAAGCAAAUUCUGAUUCUGAUUCUGAACCAGAAGUCGAAGUGAAAGGUCCAUCUUUCACAUUCAACAAGGAAAUCAAAGAUCCUGUCUUUAAAUUGCCAGCCAAUCAGGCGAUUUCUUCUGGAUUUGUCGCACAACGUGUUACUAUUAGCAAACCAAAUGAAGCAAUUCAUUCGAAGUUUGAAGCUCUGCCUGUAGCGCAAUCCUCGGGUUUCACUAGCCUAAAUGUUUCUCAUGGCAGUGAGUUACCCAACAAUGAUGUUUUUUCUCAGAAACCAAUUCAAGACGAGAAGGCUUCCACUGAGGAAAAUAUAAAUUCGAAUAAUGAAAUAAAGCCAAUCCUGGAAAAUGACGAUGAUGGAGAAUCUGUUCUUUUCGAAGUGAAAGCAAAGUUGAUGUUGCUUAGAAAAGACAACGCUAAAGAUCCAUAUCAAAGUUUAGGAGUUGGUGAGCUCAAACUUUUAAAAUCCCUAAAGAGGAGCACUCUGCGUGUUCUACUAAGAGCUGAAGGUGGGUUGAGGCUUUUGUUGAAUGCUCUUUUAUUGAAAGAUGUCCAAUACUCGACUUUAGGUAAUGGUUCUUUUGUCAGACUCCCAGCCCUUGACGAUCAGCAUCAAAUUGUGACCUACGUUUUGAAAGUUGGUUCGGCAGAGAAGGCAAGCAAACUAUGUGAUGCGUUAAAUGCAGCAAAGAUCAAUUAAACCACCAGCCAUAUUAGACAAUGUUUACGUAAGGGUGAUGAUAUAUGUAUAAGCGACGUGAAAAUCUAGGGUGCUGUUGUAAAUCUUGAGCCUUCUUUCCCAUUUAGUUUCGAUUCACAAAACUUCAAGAUUUUCGCCUUUGUAUCAGUGACCCAAUAUUGUUCAUUGUUGAUUCUAGUUUUUGUUUGGCGUGUUACCUCCGACACUCAUCGGACAGGCCAGAAAUGUCAGAUUUUUUUUCUCUUGACACAU